CUGGCCAGGCCAGCCGGCGCCAUUUUGAAAGUAGAGUCGCCUGCCCCUGCCGCCGCCGCCGCCGUCCCUGUCGUAGCUGCUGCCGCCACUGCCGGAGAAGGAGAGAGAGCGGGGAAGCCCCAGAGUGAAAUCCACCAUCCUCCUGACUGGUCUGCCCGCCCCUCCUUCCUUCUUCCCCGACCCCCGCCCUCUCCCCCCACAGGUGCCAUCCGCCGCCAUCCGCCCUCCCUACCCCCCCAUCCCCAGGUGAGGGGGGUGAGUUCAGGAAGCGGCGACCCCGAGGAACCCAGCAGGGUCACCAUUUGCAGCGCAACAUGGCAGGAGCUGGAGGAGGGAAUGAUAUUCAGUGGUGUUUUUCUCAGGUGAAAGGAGCAGUAGAUGAUGACGUAGCAGAAGCAGAUAUAAUUUCUACAGUAGAAUUUAAUCAUUCUGGAGAAUUACUAGCAACAGGAGAUAAAGGUGGUAGAGUCGUCAUCUUUCAGCAGGAGCAGGAGAACAAAAUCCAGUCUCAUAGCAGAGGAGAAUAUAAUGUUUACAGCACCUUUCAGAGCCAUGAACCAGAGUUUGACUACUUGAAAAGUUUAGAAAUAGAAGAAAAGAUCAACAAAAUUAGGUGGUUACCCCAGAAAAAUGCUGCUCAGUUUUUAUUGUCUACCAAUGAUAAAACAAUAAAAUUAUGGAAAAUCAGUGAAAGGGACAAAAGACCAGAAGGGUAUAACUUGAAAGAGGAGGAUGGAAGGUAUAGAGAUCCUACUACAGUCACUACACUACGAGUGCCAGUCUUUAGGCCCAUGGAUCUAAUGGUUGAGGCCAGCCCACGAAGAAUAUUUGCCAAUGCUCAUACAUAUCACAUCAACUCAAUUUCUAUUAAUAGUGAUUAUGAAACCUAUUUAUCUGCAGAUGAUUUACGGAUUAAUCUUUGGCAUCUGGAGAUUACAGACAGGAGUUUUAAUAUUGUGGAUAUCAAGCCUGCCAAUAUGGAAGAGCUAACAGAGGUGAUCACAGCAGCAGAAUUCCAUCCGAACAGCUGCAACACGUUUGUAUACAGCAGCAGUAAAGGAACUAUUCGGUUAUGUGACAUGAGGGCCUCUGCCCUCUGUGAUAGGCAUUCUAAACUGUUUGAAGAACCUGAAGAUCCCAGUAACAGGUCUUUUUUUUCUGAAAUCAUCUCCUCUAUUUCUGAUGUAAAAUUCAGCCAUAGUGGUCGAUAUAUGAUGACUAGAGACUAUUUGUCAGUCAAAAUUUGGGACUUAAAUAUGGAAAACAGGCCUGUGGAAACAUACCAGGUUCAUGAAUACCUCAGAAGUAAACUUUGUUCACUGUAUGAAAAUGACUGCAUAUUUGACAAAUUUGAAUGUUGUUGGAACGGAUCUGACAGUGUUGUCAUGACCGGAUCUUACAAUAACUUCUUCAGAAUGUUUGACAGGAACACGAAGCGAGACAUAACCCUAGAAGCGUCGCGGGAAAACAAUAAACCUCGCACAGUUCUGAAGCCACGCAAAGUCUGUGCAAGUGGCAAGCGAAAGAAAGACGAAAUAAGCGUUGACAGCCUAGACUUCAACAAGAAAAUACUUCAUACGGCCUGGCACCCCAAGGAAAAUAUCAUUGCUGUAGCUACUACAAACAAUCUGUAUAUAUUUCAAGACAAAGUGAAUUAGGGUUGGCAUUCCCAGCCGAAGAGCCCACUUCCUGCUUAGUUGAGAUAGUUGAAUCUAGCAUUCGUACCUAAAAACGAGAGAGGUCCAUUGUGGCGCCCCUUUCCAGUGUUUGACAGUGUGCCAUUCGACAACACAUCUUUUAUAGCUACAUGGAGAAAUCUCUGUGGAUUCUCACCGUGGUGUUCUCCAUGUCUGCUAGCCAUGUAGGUAAGGGUAGGGCACUUUUAAUUUAAAUGACUUCUUGCACCAUCUUGCCUAAUGGACUAGAUUGGACUGUGUCAACAUUGAUUUCCUCCACUUUUUAUGCCUUCCAUUGUGAUGACGUCAAACACAGUGAAAGCCUUCAGUCAUGCUUAUGGGAUUUAAUUGUGUAUCCUCAUUACUGUAUCAUUUGUGGGGUACACCCCUCCCCCUUUUUUAAAUUAAACACAGCUCAUUCUUACUGUGGCUUGUAGCAUUCCUCCUCUUCUGGCCUCCUGGACUCUUCCCCUCCGUCUCUCUCACCCCUGCCCCUCCACCCAGUCUUGGUGGUGGUAUAUUAAAAAAAGAAAGAACGAAAGCACACAAAAUGAGUCAGUUUGGGGUCAGUGGUAAAGGGGGUAUAUGUUGCGAACAAAUGUUUUAAAUAACAGUUGGCUGUAAUCACUCCUUGCCGUGUCUGGCACCGAAAAUAAGGAAAAAAAAAUACUACUACUGAAUAAAAGUGACAAAGAAUGGAGAA